AUGACAUCUAACACGAAACUUGGACCAGAACAACUAAGGCCAUACUACGAUCAUGACAGUUUUGAUGCUGGCUAUUCAGUCAUCCUCAAAAAGGGUGUUGGGUUAAUUGAUACAAAAACAGGUAAACCGAUAACAGCAAACUUAUCUUCAAAUGCUAUAGAAAAGCAAGUGAGUGAAAGCAGCUUUGGAUCGUCACCAGGGCUAAUACGAAGAGCGUUCGAUAGACAGGGAGGUGUAGGAAUACAGUCUAACAAAGUUGCUGGGGACAAGAACUUUAUAUCUGAUUUGGAGUUUAGCGAGUAUUUCGAAGUCAACAAUAUGCUUGAGUUGUUAAAGAAUCUAUUUUGGACAAUGUUUAAAGAUUACGUUAAAGUGUUGCUUGCACAACCGUUGGAAAUCACUCGAUUGGUUUUACAAGUUGGCAAAUUCAAUUUCAACGCGAAAAAGAAGGAUGGCAAGGAGAAACUGAAGAGAUUAUUGGAUCUGACCCACUCAUUAUCUUCAUCUAACGCAUCUUUGAGGAGUGGGAGUGCGGGCCCUGAACCAUUGGGCCAACAUCAUCACCAACAACUUGGCUUUGCUGAGCAGGAUGAACCAAUUGAUUAUUUCCAACCACAAAGUGAUCUGCAAGUGUGGGCCAAUCCAAACACUACUUAUGAGCCGCCAACUCCAGCUCCACCUUCAGUCUCCGCUGACAAGUUUGUGCCACCGCCAAUCAAACGAUUGAGCACGAAAAAGAGACUCAGGGUGUACAAAAUCCAGCCAAAAUCAUUGCACACUAUAGAAAUUAUGUCUGCAAUCGCCAACAAGGAUUCUUUCUUGGCUUUGUUUAGAGGUGUUAAUGCAUCGUACCUUUAUCAAGUAUUGACUCAUAUGAUUGAAGCUUACAUUACCGGGUUUGUAUCGCCAUUUUUGGGUAUUCCAGACCCCUUCUUUCUUGACUUGACUCAUUCGAACGAUCCGUUCAAAUCUUUGUGGUUGUCAGUUUCAGCUUGUGUGCUUACCGGGUUGGUGAUGAUUCCGUUGGAUUUGAUACGUGUCAAGUUCAUGAUCACACAACCAACUUCGCUUGCCUUGACUAAUGAAGCUUCCAAUAAAGAGGAUGUAUUGGAGAAGGCUGCCGAAGAAGUUGUUCAAAAUACAAGGUCCUUUAGAGAAUCGAUUAGGAAUUUCCCAACAUAUUAUUUGAAGCAUCCACCCACGCCAAUCAUCUUUUUCACCACAUUGUACCAGUUAUCAACCAGUGUUUUCAGAAAAAUGGCACCAUAUUUGUUGUACAUCAAAUUCAAUAUUGAUGCUUACUCAUCGCCUACGAUUUACACAUUUGUCAAUUUGCUUUCGCUGAUUGGUGAGUUCUUUGUCAAGUUGCCAGUUGAAAACUUGUUGCGGAAAGAGCAGGUUCGUUUCUUAUUGGAACCAAAAGUUCAUGAUGAAAAGAAGGUUAUUACAAUUGUGAAGCCAGAAGAGAACAUGAUUGUGGAGUUUAAUGGUGUGAGCUCGUCAGUGGAUGGGGAAGAACUUACUACGAUCCAGAAGGUGAAACAAUUGGGAUUGUUUAAUGGUUGGAGAGUUGGAUUGUUGAAUGUUGUUGGAUUCUGGGGAUACAAUAUUUUCAAAAACAGUGGUAAUCCGUUACAAGUGGAGAGGUUAUAA